AUGGUAAAAGCUGGGAGCGUUGUUGAUCUCCACUUGGCGCCAAUAUCAGAAAGGGAAUUAGCGAAAAAAAAAGAAGCGACAAUGAACACGACGACGCUUCUAAAUGCGACGAGCAUGAAGAAGAAACGCGACAAUCAUGUCCAAAGACAAGAUUUAAGUCAAAAAAAACAAUUAGUUGAAGAAGCUUUUAAUAGUUUUCUUGGGAAAAAAUGUUUUAGCUUAAAAAAAAUGAAAUCUCAUGGAAUAUUUCUUAUUAAUUUGCCUUACAAUACAAAGCAAAAGAAGCACUUGGCGCUCUCAACUCUUCUUUGUGUUUUUCGUUAA